AUGGACGCCUCCUCCCUCCGCAUCUCCAAGUUCGAUGGAACUAACUUCCACGCCUGGAAGUUCAAGAUGCAGAUGGUGCUGGAGGAACGGGACCUAUGGGAGGUCGUCAGCGGUGAGAUCAAGGCGGAACAGUGCGAGACUCAGUUGGACCAAGCGACGUACAAGAGGAAGUCAAGAAAGGCGAUGGCAGUGAUCUGUCUAGCCAUGGAAGAUUCCCAGCUACCGUUGGUCCGGUCGGCAAGUGGUGCAUGCGACGCAUGGUCAAGGUUGGAAGACCACUUCGAGAAGAAGAGUCUUGCCAACAAGCUGUUCUUGCGCCGUCGCUUCUUCACGACAAUGAUGGAAGAAGGCGACGAUGUGCUCGAACACAUCAACAAGCUCAAGACGCUGGCGGAACAGCUAGAAGCGGUGGGGGCUCCAGUCUGCGAGGACGAUCUGGUGAUCACACUUCUCGGCAGCCUGAGUGACUCGUAUCAAUUCUUGAUCACAGCUUUGGAGUCGCGCUCAGACACUCUUAGCUGGGAGCUCGUGACGUCUCGACUGCUUCAUGAAGAAAUGAAGCGGAAGGAGCAAGGAAGUAAAGGUGAUGAAGCUUCGCAAGGUCAAGCGUUCAUCACAAGGGACAAUCAGCGCAAAGGGCGACCAGUGAAGAAGUCCUGGCCGUGCCACAAUUGCGGAAAGAUUGGUCACUGGAUGGCGGAGUGCCCCUCGCGCAUCCAAGAAAACACGGAGAGACACCGGCCACAGCGUGCUCAAGACAGCGGCGACCGCUAUCGAUCACAACGUGCAAACGUCGCUCAAGAAGAAGACUCGGGCGACUACCUCUUUUCGAUCGGUGAAACGACAUCUGCAAAAUCGAGCGACAUCUGGCUGGUCGACUCCGGGGCGACGCAGCACAUGACGUGCUCCAAGAAGUUCAUGCGGAACUACAAGGGGUUUGACGCUGUGGAUGUCCAUCUCGCGGAUGAUGGAAUCGUCCAAGCAAUCGGCAGUGGGGACAUUGUCAUGUCGAUGAAGACACCCCCAAGGGAUGAAGAAAGAAACCUGUUCUCGGUCGGCCGCUUCAUCAAGGAUGUCGGCCCAGUGACGUUCACGAAGGAUGGGUGCUAUGGAGAAGCGAAAGGGACCAAGUGGAAAAUUGGUGCCCGUGAAGGUAAAGGACUGUUCAAGCUGCAAAUGACUCCAGUGGCGCCGGAACAAGCAAAUGCAGCCAAGUCGUCGGGAUGUCAAGGGGGCACCAAGUCGUACCUCUGGCACCUUCGGCUUGGCCACAUAGGUCACGAUGGACUCAAUUGCAUCAUGACGAAGAACAUUGGAAUUGGCAUCGACAUAUCUUCGGUGAAGAAGUGGGACGUGUGUGAAGGUUGUGCUCUGGGAAAACAGACUCGAGUGCGCUUCCAAUCAAACACUACAGCUCGCACCUCCAAACUCCUCGAAGUGAUUCACAGCGACGUAUGCGGACCGAUGUCGAUGGCAACUUUCAGUGGAAAACGGUACUUCGUGACAUUCAUUGAUGACAAGUCAAGAUACUGUGUCGUCUAUCUGCUCAAGAGCAAAUCUGAAGUUGCGGCGAAGUUCAUGGAAUACGCUGCGAUGGCCGAAACGCAAACCGGAAAGCGCGUGAAGUACCUUCAAAGCGACAAUGGGGGUGAAUACAAGUCCGACAAGCUGGCACGAUUCUGCGCGGAACGGGGAAUACAACAAAGGUUCACACCCCCAUAUACUCCUCAGCUAAACGGAGUAGCUGAGAGAAUGAAUCGCACGCUGGUCGAGUGUGCGCGUUGCAUGAUGGAACACGCUGGACUGGGAAAGAGCUACUGGGGUGAAGCAGUGAUGACGGCGAUGUUUCUUCGAAACCGCUGUCCAACACGUGCCAUUCACCAAGACAAGUCUCCAUAUCAAGUGUGGACGAUGAAGAAACCGAUUCUGGCCAACCUUAAAGUGUUUGGAUGCCACGCGUAUGUUCAAGUGCCUCAAGACAAACGCGCGAAGUUCGACUCCAAGUCAUCACUCUGUCGUUUCCUGGGAUACGUCGAACACCAGAAGUCAUAUCGAUUUGAGGAAGUGUCAACAGGAGCGAUCAAGAUCAGUCGCGAUGCCACAUUCAUGGAAGACAAGUUUGAUGAAGGUCCGCGCAACUACAACGAUGAGUCAAGUGUCGUUGAGUUUGAUGAUCAUGAUGAGGACGAAGAAAAAGAAGAAGGUAAAACUGACGACGACAUGGACUCGAGCGACGAUGACAACGAAGACACCAGGUCUUCGAAGAGCAACAUCAAGAGACACACGCGCACUCAAUCACUUGAGAAAGCUACCUGA